AUGAACAACGACCAAUUUCGCCGUCUCCUCCUCAAGAACGAUCAAGCCUCAAAACCCAAGGGCGCCAUUCCGACGGGCCAUUCACCAACAGGCGAUCAUGCCUCACCGAAGCGCGGUAGUAGCGGUGGGCAAACACCAGCCCCAGCGACGCUAGGUUCAAGGAUGCGAUCGAGUAUUCCCAUGACGCCUCGCAACCUAGCGGCGCCUAACUUCGCACACCAACUUGCUGAGUAUCGCCGAGACGGACAGAACCCGCACCCAUCGAAGAAAUUCAAAUCGUCUGCUGCGCCGAAGGGAACAAAGCUACCUACGGGUUACGAAGAUCGGGCUGCAGCGCGGUUACGGGAGAGCGAGGAGGAAGAACGCAAGAGCGCGAACGAGCAGAAGUUGAAGGAGUUGGAGGAGAAGCUCAAGAAAGGUCUUAUUGAUGAAGGGACGUUUACGAGGCUACGCAAGGAAUUGGGUGUCGGAGGGGAUUUGGGGAGUACGCAUAUGGUGAAAGGGUUGGAUUGGGAUCUGUUGAAGAAGGUUAGGGCUGGAGAGGAUGUUGAGAAGGUGGAAAAGGAGGAGACUGAAGCGCAAGGGGAUGGGAAGUCGGCCGAUGAGGGUGAGAGCGCGGAGGUAGAUGUGGACGAGGAGUUUGACAAGGCGCUUGAAGACAAGUCGGACGAGGCACUUCCUUCUGCGCCGAAGGAGAAGGAGAAGAAGAAAGGGAGUAUGGCUGCGCCGCCAGUCCCAAGCCAGAAAAAGACACGAGAUGAGAUAUUAAGAGAGUUAAAGGCGAGUCGGGCCGCCGCUGCUCCUGCGGAGGAGACACCUCAAGAGCCGGCCCUGGGAGCCCGGUUCAAGAAGAUCGGGGACUCCAAAGUCGAGAAGAAACGGUUUAUCGAGCAGGAUGAAAACGGCCGUCGCAGAGAGGUUCUCCUGAUUACAGACGCGGAAGGCAAGACGAAGAGGAAAACAAGAUGGUUGGACAAGCCUGGGACAACGGCACCUCCCACAGCUGGCGUUGCCGUCCCUGAGAAGGAGGCAAAGCCACUAGGGAUGGAAGUCCCAGCUGAGAUUGCCGCUAGGAACAAGGCCGCCCAGAAGGAGGAAGAGGAAGAAGAAGACGACGACAUUUUCGCUGGAGUGGGAGCUGAAUACAAUCCUCUGGGUGACGCAGGGUCCGACGAGGAUUCAUCCGACUCAGAAGAAGAUGGCGAAGUGGCAACGAAGGCACUCCAGGAACCCAAGAAGGAGGCAACGGGCGAAGCUACCAAACCACGGAACUACUUCGCCACAACCACCACGGAGCAAGAGGAGAGUGUGGAGAGUGACCGUGCAACCCCGCUAACCAGAGAUCCUACUCUCCUUGCUGCCCUGAAACGAGCUGCUUCUCUACGACAAGCAGGAGCCGCGGAGGACAACCCCGAGGAAGAGGGCGUCGACAAAGAAACGCUUCUUCGACGCAGGAAGUUCAUCGAGGAGGCGCAACGCCGAGAAGCACUCGAUGCAAUGGACAUGGACAUGGGAUUCGGCGGCAGUCGUAAUGACGAUGAUGAAGACGAGGAGGCUGUGCUCGUGGAACCGCGUGGCGGCACGAAGAGGAAGCGCGGCCCCAAGAAGAAGAAGGGGGACAAGGACAGCGCGUCUGAUGUGCUGCGCGUGAUGGAGGGGCGGAAGAAGUGA